CGAAACCUUUCCUCCUGGGGUAUAAGUUCUUUCUCUUUUUCACUUCACAACUCCUUCCCACUACCACAACCAUCCCUUUCCCGAAUCGGAUCGUCAAGAUGUCUCCUCUCCUCCUCCACGUCCUCGCCACCCUUUUCAUCGUCCUCCUCCUAACACUUACAUCUGCCGGGCUCGCAUACGCUCUGGGUCUGUUCGAUGUUCUGCAUCGCGGGCCUGCGAAAAGGCGUGUCUUGUCGCCGUCGACGACGACGGGGUCGAUAGAGCUGAAGUCGGAGUUGAAGCAGAAAGCAAGGUCAAGAAGGAGGGGUGAAUAUGAGCUAAGGAGGGAUAUAGAUGAGGUCAGGAAGAGCAGUGGGUUUUAUAGAGAGCUGGGGGAGAGGUAUGAGGAGAUGGGGCAGGAGAUCGUGGGGGGUAUUCGGAGGGCGUAG